AAAUCCGGAGUGAAAGUAUUUCAGGAGCAGUUAGGAGCCACACUUCUCUGUCCACAGAGUAGUCGCUGAAGCCCCGAUAUUUGCAUUGCGCAGAAAACGAACAGCACCAAUCUGGCAAAUUACCUUUCAUCCACCUGAAGCAGCCUCCAGUACGCACCGUAAUUGGAAUGCGUAACUAUGUUUUUUCUUCGUGACCACGGUGCGCAAGGGCUGAUUAUUGUCCCCAAAACAUACUGAUAGAUUUUUUUGCUCACUUUCGAAAUUUUCCUGAAGUGAACAAAGUGGACGGAGUCGCCGGUGAAGUGCGACUGCCUGAGUGCGUGAGAGCGAUAAAGGGUUAAGGAGGGAAAGUGGAAAGUGUGUCUCAGCAUGGAUGAGAGUGAGCAGAGCGCAAGAGACGCGGAACAGCGAGGAGCGGCGGACGAGCCCAACAGUGCCAUACGACCCCUUUUGCAAGCUCCGGGGAACCAGCAGCUGCCCCACCGAAUCACUAACUUCUUCAUUGACAACAUCUUGCGGCCGGACUUUGGUCGUAAGAAAGAAGCGAGCAUCACACGCGAUGAGAGUCGCCACGGCGCUAGAGAGAAUCACAGCCUUACGGGUCCUAGCACGGGACAGGUGGAAAGUACGGUACCAACAGAGGGAACUUCCACAACACAUACGAACAGCGGAGGAAAGAAGCAAGAGCUAGCAAGCGAAGAGCCCUUGAAGCCCCGCGGGGAGAAUGUGGAUCAGUGCCUGAGUUCAGAAACGGAUAGUUCCCAGCCCAAUUCAAACGGAGCUACCCAGCCGCUAUGGCCCGCUUGGGUUUACUGCACACGCUACUCGGACAGACCGUCGUCAGGUCCCAGGUCUCGUAAACCAAAGAAGAAAAUCGCAAGUAAAGAGGACAAACGACCACGCACGGCCUUCACGGCGGAGCAGCUUCAGAGACUCAAGGCCGAGUUCCAGACCAACCGCUACCUGACCGAGCAGAGACGACAGAGUCUGGCACAGGAACUCGGCCUCAAUGAAUCUCAAAUCAAAAUCUGGUUCCAGAACAAGCGGGCCAAAAUCAAAAAAGCCAGCGGCUCCAAGAACAGUCUAGCACUACACCUGAUGGCGCAGGGACUGUACAACCACAGCACCACGUCAAAGGACGACAAAUCAGACAGUGACUGAGACAGAUAGGGCUGAGGGGGUGGAGGUGAUGGUGGAGUGUGUGGGUGGGGGGGUGUUAGAUUAUAUUUACGAUGCAAUAAUUCUAAAGAAGAAAGGGCCAGUGAAUAAAUAAACCAGCAUUACUGAAGUAUAAUAGAAGCUAUAUCAAAUUAUGUCGAAAUACGUUUAUUAAAUACAAUACGUCUAUGAAAUAAUGGUCAAAAAUAGACUAUGUGACGUUUUUUGCACUUGGCAGAGUGGCUCUCUCUUGAGAAACGAGCGUUUCUAUUGUGUUUCUUUAUCAGUCGCUCACUAAAAACCGAGCGUUUUCCACUAUUAGCGCAUCGAACGUUUAUAUACAUGUAUUAGUUAGGUGGAAUAUUGCUAAAAACCUUGCUGAAGUCCAAAGAGUCUUUACUGCUGCAUCCAGGCAACUGUGAUUCUGAAAUGCAUUUUAGUUGUUUCAUUUCAAUGUUUGUCGUUUUAUUUGAUAUGAUAUCGAUGUGUAAAAAAUGGACGCAGCAAACGUCAGAUCUCAGCAGAAUAUAAUUUUUCAAAAUAAUUAUUUGUAUUGUAAAUAUGUUCACGGUAUUUGCCUGGCUAAUAUAAAUGAAAGAACUGGAAAAAAAUCGCGAUGGACAAGAUCGCAAGAACGUAUUUUACUGUGCUUUACUUUGUAGGAUAUCUGGUUGAACUACCAUGUUAUUCAUAGCCUAACAUUAUAGUAACAUUGGACUAACCUUCAUAGCGUGGUCAAAGCAUUUCAACUAGGUGCGCUAAAUAAAUAAACAAAUGUACCGAAGCGUCUUAAGCCGCAUACAUAGUUUUUAUAAAAGAGCAAUAUAAUCAUCUUUUGUAGCAAAGUAUGUUUUAAUCAUUAUAAUGCUGCCUAUAAACGUGUAGCUCACUGACAAUGAUUUACUCUUAUGCGCAUUCUUGACAAAGCCAGGUUUAAGCGCCACAACACAACACAUCACAUACAGUAUAGAAAUAGAAAUAAAUAUACAGCUAUAUAUAUAAACCACAACUAUCGAAUAAAAAAAAUAAGAAAACCAGCCGUUUACUUCAAACAGAUGUUAAAAAUGCUGUUUUAUCGUUGACUUCAUAUUUGUUAUGUAUUUAUAUAGAUUAUAUUAAGGAAAAAUUUUAUCCAAUGACCGGUGUUGCUUUUUAUGUGAGAGUAGAUUUUUAAGGUGUUUGAAUUGCUUAUUUAUAUUGCAAUAACUUUUUUGUGAAUGAAGCAUUAUUGGGGCCUUUGCAUGAAAGCUGCAAAUUAUCAUACAGGCUAGGGCAUAUUCACACUUAUUUAGAAAAGCUAAAAAAGUAUGAUCGAGAUUUAAGUUGCAGACUGUGUCCAUAUACCAAAUUGUGGAACUUUUAGCUACUUUUGGAAAUUUUGUUUUAUACCUGAAAAGAGUGUGUGACUAAUAAACCACCAAACUUAACACACUUUGCCUUAUAAGUUCAAGUGCGAACUUAAAAACAUAGAACUGUGCCGACUCACAGAAACAGUGUUAAUUCAAUUGCAUACAAGCAUAUCUAUGAAUAUGGCCUUCUAUCUGGUAUAACUAAUGAAUUUACUCAUCAGGCGAGAUCUAUCUAUAAAGCUAUUUGAAACUGAAAAGACACAAUUUGAAAAGUAUAAUACAAUGCUAUUUUUAUUUUGAGUUUACACUCUUUGUUACUUGUGUAAAUAAUUUGUAUUACGUACGUAUUAAUUGUGUAAUUAACUGCCUCCUGAAAUCUUGAUAAGAAUUAAAUAAACAAUACGAAUAAUACUUUGUGUCUUAUU